GACUCUCAUCACCUUGAAGCUCCAACUAUCCUGUACAUUCAAUUCCAGUAAAUCAAAUCCAAAUAUAACCUUUUUUAGUUUGUAAUACAAACUUUUUAUUCUUUUUGUUUCCUAUAUACGGACUUCUAAUUUGUUCUUCGCCUAUUGAUACUAAAAAAGAAAAGAAAUGGAAGAUGCCAAGAACCCACCACCACAACAAAUGGUAUCUUCAGAAAAGGAUGAACUAGGAAACGAAGAAGAAUCCAAGGUGGAGAAGCAACGGCCGGCUUCAACUACAGCGCCAAAUGGUGGAGGAGGAUGGGGCGGUUGGGGUUUCUCUGCUUUCUCUCUUCUCUCAGAUCUCCAAAAGGCUGCCACCGUUGCCGCUGAGGAGAUAUCUCGCAAUGCUUCUAUGGUUGCAGAGAAGGCUGCAAAAAGCCUUGCAGAUGUGCAAAUUGCUGAAGACUCAGAGUCUUCAAAGGCAGAAGAAGAAGAAGAAUCACCAAGUGAAAAAGAAAGUGAAGAUGAGAAUGACAAGCUACAAAAGUCUGCUCUGGAUAAUUUAGAGAAAGCAAGUGACGAUUCUUUCCUUGGCCAGGGUUUGAAGGUUCUUGAUAACUCUAUUGAAAAUUUUGCUUCUGGGGCGUGGCAGGCACUAGGGAGUGCAUUCAAAGGGGGUAGCAAUUUAGUGCAGAAGCUUGAGCAUUCUGCUGUAAACAUUGCUGAUUCUAUUCAGCAUGGAGGCUUACCCGCUGGUUCAGUUCCACCAUCAUUAAUUGAGACUGGAAAAGCCUUUACAACGAAGGGAAUGCAAGUGCUUGAAUAUGUGGGAAAAGAAACUAUGGAUCUACUGAUCAGUGAAACUGGUAUAGAAGUUGAAAACAAUGCUAAGGGCACCGAACAGCCUUUUGAUGAGGAUCAGUUGAUAGAGGAAGUUAGCUUUGAUCGGUGCUUCUACAUAUAUGGAGGUCCAGAGCAGUUGGAGGAACUGGAAUCAUUGUCCAGCCACUAUGCCCUUCUAUUUAAUCGGAGGAAAACAAAAUUAUCACCUGAACAAAAAUCCGUGUAUGAGGGAAAGCUUAAACAAAUCCAAAAAAUUUUCAGUUUAGAUGCUGAAAUGGAUGGAACCGGUCCAGAGUCUGCCAAAGGAAAGAAAAUAGAGACUGGAACUGAGGGCAGUCAUGAUGAGAUGAAAAUUUUACAUGAUUCAAGUGUCAGCAAGGCCGCUGAUAUGGCUGCCUGGUUCACAAAUGCAUUGUCAGGAUUAGUCGUUAAUGAUGUAAUUAAAAAAACCGGUGGAAGGCUAGAGUCACUGCACUCAGAGGGGGUUCAUAGGCUUUCAGAAAUGUGCUGCUUAGUGAUGUCUCAUCUCCUGAUGCUGGGUAAAUCUGUCAUAUCUGGUUCUAACAAACUUCAAGAUGAAGAUGCUGAUGGCAAUAUGAUGCAUAUCGACUGGCCUGAAGAUUCGGUUGAGAAGGCUAAACUAAUCCGACUAAAAGCACGUUCUAUGACAGGAUAUGUGGAAGCUGUAACCAGCAGCUUUAUCACAGGCAUAUCUGAUGUAGCUGAAGCUUAUGUAGCGGCCAUUAAGAGUGCUAAUGCAGAUCCACAUGAAGCACUUUUAAAAGCUUCAAUCCAGGAGAAAGCUAGUUCCUUCUCCGAACAUCUCCGGAGUGAUCAGACCAUUGCUGUGAGCAAAAUCCAGGAUGGACUCCAAAAUUUGUCAUACGCAGUCCUUUCGACCUCAAUGCCGACUGCUUGAAGACUGGAAUUCUCUACAUGUCUGAUCAGCGUGCAUGUAAUGUAAAUAGUCUUACUAAACUUGCUAUGCCACACUAAUGAAACUGAACUCAUUUUUAAGCAGGGGUUAAAGCAGUUUCUUGUGUGUUAAACUGAAAUGUUCA